AUGUCAUUUUGUGAGGUCAACAAUUGCUUCAAUGGGGGUGUGUGUAUUUUGAUGCCCCCACAUGGAAAUGAAACGUGCAUAUGUCCACGAGGAUUUGAUGGAGAUUUUUGUGAGGAUGGAUGUCUUUUACACACCGCAAAAACACUUGGUAACGGUGGAUGGGCUUUGGCACUUUGUCUUCUCGUUCUUCUCAUCAUUCUUGCUGUACUUUACAUUAGAGAAAGAAGAACGAAACAAUGUCCCCAUGCAGCUGCAUCAACGAGAGCCGCAGAAACGAGACAAAUGAUUGAAAAGACGACA